AUGAAGAUCCUCUUCUUCUGCACGGCCCACAACUCCCUCUCACAGCGGCUCUUCCUCGUUCUGUCUCGGAACCAUUCCAUCUCCAUUGAAUAUGCCUUGUGCGCGGAGAAAAUGAUUGAGGCCGCAGAUUUGGCCAAGCCACAUCUCAUCAUAUGUCCCUUCCUGACGUCUGCGGUACCGCAGCAGGUCUACGAGACGUAUCUGACCCUCAUUGUCCACCCUGGGCCGCCAGGAGAUGCCGGCCCCAGUGCCCUCGACUGGAUGCUGAUGGGUGACGACGGCACCGAGGCAGACAGUCAGCGACUACUGCGCGACAACCGCUUCAAUCCGGUAGGAAGAAGCCACUGGGCCGUUACCGUUCUGCAGGCCAUUGCCGAGUUUGAUAAAGGCCCCGUGUGGGCUUUUGAUCAGUUCCCCGUCAACAUCAAUGACACCAGAGUGAGCAAGUCGAGUCUGUAUAGGGGUCCGGUGACACAUGCCGCUGUUGCAGCAAUCCUCGCUGCCAUUCAAAGAAUUGAAGCCGCUGCGUCUUUGGCAUCUAAGCCUUGUGGGGCGCCCUUGUCACCUCCUCUAACCCCCAGGCUUGAUAGCAUCGGCUCGGCGGUGACGGCAAACAUCUCGCCCGGUCUGUCUGCAGACAGGGCGUUUGCGGAACUGUCGGUCACCACAUCGGAGCCGUUUCUUGGCGGCAACACACAUUACAGGCCGCUCCUCAAGGCAUCAGAGAGGCACUUCGACAUCAGAAAGCACACUGCCUCGGCGAUAUCUCGAAGGAUCCGCAGUGCCGACUCUCAACCCGGCUGUCUUAGUAACUUGUUUGGGCCCAAGCUAUAUCUGUACGGCGGCAUCAUUGAGAACCCAACACUGCUCUCCUCCAAGCAGGGCCAUAUUGUGCCGGGAAGUAUCAUCGCCGUCCGGAACGAAGCGGUCUGCGUGGCGACUUGUGACAACAAAGGCAUCUGGAUCACACACGUGAGACAAGUCAAGGCCAAGACCGACGUCACGUUGUGGCCAAAGGUCCCUGCCGCACCGGGUCUCGAGAAGCUUGGUAUUUCUACCGGUAGCCCUUCUUCCUGGUUCCAUCCUCUGCUUCUCCAGACACAGUCGGAAGAGUGGGCAAAGUCGUACCACGACACCUUCCGGGAGAUUUGGGUAGAUUUCGUAACCGAUGGGCAGCAGAGAUUCGCCUACUUAUAUUUUGACUUCUAUAACGGCGCAAUGAGCACAGAGCAGUGUAGACGCAUGGUCCGGUGCCUCGAGUACAUCUCAUCCACGGCCAAUGGCCGAGACAAGGGCCUGCCCCUGGCCGCCGUUGUGCUCAUGGGUGGUGGCUCGUAUUUCAGCAACGGUAUCCAUCUCAAUGUUAUCGAUUCGGCUGCUGACCCUGCCCUGGAAUCGUGGUACAACAUCAACGCCAUCGAUGAUGUUGUUGAGAAGCUCCUCUUGGAUCUGCCAGCCUGCGGCAUCACCACAAUAGCGGCCAUCAGGGGCAACUGCGCCGCUGGCGGUGUCGCGCUGGCGGCCGCGUGCGACGUAGUAUUAGCAGGCCAGCAUGUUGUGUUGAAUCCAGCAUACAGGUCUCUGGGACUGUCCGGGUCCGAGUUCCACAGCGUCAGUUAUCGCGGACGCUGUGGCACCAAAGGGGCCGAGAUGGCUCUGCGGACCAUGACGCCACUAAGCGCAGAUGACGCCCGAGGCAUAGGCAUCGUCGACUACGUACUAGACGUGGCCCCCGAGUCACUCAAUGCCGCUGUGCAAGCUCAUGUCGAGAACCUCUUUGCUCGCGGCGACAAACUUGGCCCGACACCAUGGGCAAAGACCGGCGCAUGGAAGCGCAACGUGGAUACUUCUCCCGCGGGCUUGGCACUCGCUCGCACGGCGGAGCUUGGGCAGAUGUCAAUGGACUUUUGGAGUGCUCGCUCUGAGAGGUAUCACUCUCGUCGAAGGAGCUUUGUGCGUAAAGUGAAGCCGUCGUCUACACCAUUGAGGUUUGCGACGCACCGGCGGGAGGAGGGAAUGAUGGAUGAUGAGGAACAAGACACAUUCGACUCGGUCGAGUGGUUUGCCGAGAAGUCGAUGCAGAGUCUGAAAAGGAACCUUUCGGACAGGGCCGUCCGAUCAAUCAAGGACUUUUUCCGUGGUUGUGAUAAUUACGAGAGAAGGAAUGUCGACAGUUCGAUGGGUCGGGAUGAUGAGAAGUUUGGGGCAGGCGCGACCGUUUUUGGCUGCUAUUAUAACAAUUAA